CAGGCAUUGGAGGCGUUGGCUUCCGUCGUCACCAAGGCCGAAAAUGGAACGCGCACAAAUCCAGCCUCGGGCGCAUUGAUGGGAUUGUCACAGCGGAUUGUCACAACACGGGCUUGAAACCAAUCAACUUCUUCUUCAAGCCAGCCUUGAUUCAGCACACGCCUGCUUAGGGGUGGGUUGACGGCUGAGUGAGCCCCCAACAAACAAAACCUUGUUCGGCCUAGCCGUCCUUUUCCGCCGACAGCCUCCUCCCGGACUGCCGCACUCCUCUCCUCGCUGCCUCCACCGUCAGCGAUUGUCGCCUGCGAAACCGCGCCGUCGAGUGCGGCCAAUCCACUGCCGUUCCGACGUAACCGAAACCCCAUCCGUUCCUUUCCAUCGAGCCGUCCCGACAGCUGGCCGACGGGCUCCCCAUAAUCUAAACCCGUCCUUCCGAUACCGCCGCGGCAGGUUCAGGCCUCGGACCCGGCCUCCCUGGCGGUCACUUCGGACCCUGCGCCUUCUCCCGCCACAAUGGCGCGCGCCCAGACACCGCCGAUCCUGGCCGGCAUCCAGAGUGCAAGGACAUAUGCCGAACAGACCACGGCCCUCCGUUCAGUCAAGAACGAGGUCGUUGGCCACAUCCAGAAGCAGCAUCGCUGGGUGGCACACGGCAUCCUCGAGCCCAUCGUCGAGAUCCUGCUCUCGGCUAGGUCGCCGUCCAAGCUAAACGGCAAGAACACACGUGGCCAUGCGGUGGCGCCACGGCCGCUGUUGGAAGAGGAGCAGGUACGCCUACAGGCGAUCCAGCUGCUGGCGAGCUUUGCCAAUGGAGGUGCCGCCUUUCUCACUCCGCUUCACGGCGCCGGUGCACUCCGGGCUCUCCUAGAGAACCUCUGCCCGGUUGACAACCACCCCCGCGUUGUGCUGGCCACCCUGAAGGCACUGCGGUCUUUUGCCGAUGCUGCGUCAUUCGUGCUGCCCACGAAUCAAGUCCAAUCUACACUACUGGCCGACGAGAUCUUUGCUGAGCAGCACCUUGAAUCACUAUCCAGUAUCCUCGCGUCUCCAGGCCCACCCACAUCUAUAGCAUCCACAAGCCUGGUCAACGCCGCGGCUGGUCUGAUAGCAGCUCUAUGCCGCGAGGAGCGGCAUCAGAUCCUGAUUGCCAAUGCUGGCAUUCUCGACGCCCUCGCCACGAGACUCGCCAGCUUCGUUGUCGCGCGUGGCGAGGUUGUCCCUGGAGCCCAUGUCGUCGCGGAAAACGAGGGUAUUGCCGAGGCCAUGCCGGCCCCCGCCCCCGCCGGACUGAGCCUAGCUGUCACUCUAGACGCCAUCUGCGCCGUGGUUGCUGAUUCGAGGCUACGCGCCUGCAUGCUCCUCUAUUCACCUUCCAUCCUUGCCGUUUUCCCGAACCUCGACUUCACCCCACCGGCCAAGGACACGCGCGCGGCCUGGGACGCGCUCGAGGCCGUAGGUCUGGGCAGCUCCCGGCCGCCGCAGCUCGGCGCCAUCGACUUCUUGCUUCCUGCAGUGCCAGGCCAGCCAAAGGGCGGCCCGCCCCAGAUUUCGCCCUUUCCACCCCUUGGCUCUACACGGGACUACUCGUCUAGCCGACUUGGCACGAGCAGGUCUGGAACCAACCUCUCAAGCUGGGAUUCGUCGCGCCUUGCGCCCACCUCGGCCGGCGGUGAGACGGGCGGGAGCGAAGAUCCAGAGGUCCCGCUCAUACCGUGGCUUAUGCGCCUCGCGGCGGACCGUCGUGGCGCGGAGAGCCUCUCUGGCGCCGACGUCUUGACAUCGCUUUACAAGGCUGGUUUCGCGGGCAGAUAUAGGGAGGCUGCGCUAGGCUCGCUGGCGGUCCCCUUGCUCACACACCUGCUGAAUGACAGCGACAGGCCAGCUGGAUGCCCGCCGGCCGCCGUCUCGGCAUGGGUAGACGACGCGACUGCGACUCGGUGGGAGAGGACGGAGCGCGUGCUGACGGUGCUGGCACGCCUGAUUGCAGACAGCGAGGUUUUGCAGAAGUCGGCCUUCCAGUGCGGCGCGGUCGAGACCGUCUGCAAACUGCUCAAGGAAGCUUACGAGCCCAUCAAGUCGCACGACGGGGGCUUCAAACUGUGGAGUCCCUCCCCUGCAAAGGAGGCAGAUAUCCUCGAGGCAUUGCCUAGCGCCCAGCACGGCCAACUGCCACUAAACAGGCACCGCGUCAGGCUCAGGGAGUGCGCACUCAAGGCCCUUGCAUCGCUAGUCUCAUUUAAAAACGAAUAUCGCAAACAGGUCUGCGAUCAAGAUGCCGUCCCGUACAUCGUCGAGUCUUUGGCGGAGUUCCCUGCGAAGCCCGGCGGUAGCACAGGCCAGCGUUCUGCGGCUGCAAAGGCCCUUUUGAAGGGCUCAGAUAGCUCAGGGGAGCCACCGGCGGGCUCGGGUUUCGGUCGCAACACGGCCGGCGUCCUCAUUGCGGCUUGCCACACCAUCAAGCUUCUGGCGCGGUCCGUAUCCAUUGUGCGCACCACCCUCCAGGACGCAGGCGUCACCGAGCCCCUGGUUGAGCUCUUGAAACACCAUGACAUCGAGGUCCAAAUCGCCGCCACCGGAGCCAUCUGUAAUCUUGUCGUCGAUUUCAGCCCUAUGCGCGAGCGGUACACGGAACUCGGGAUAAUGCGAAUUCUCUGCAGACAUGCCCACUCCAUGAACGCAGACCUAAGGCUAAAUGCGCUCUGGGCCCUCAAGCACUACGUCCACGGGCUCAGGCUUGAGAUGAAAAGGGCAUGUCUAGACGAGCUACAGUCAGGAUGGCUGGUGCAGCUGAUUUGUGACGACACGGAAGACGACGCACUCUUCUCCAAGAGUAGGCAGGAACAACACCCGGGGACGAGCACAUCAUGGACAGGUGACGACAUGGACGAAGACGUGGAGAUGGAUCACGUUGACGAGGAUGAGGAUGAGGAAGAGGGGGGCAGCGGCAAGCACUGGACCGGGACCUCGACCCCGUCAUCGUCUCUCCUCCGCGGACCGGGAGCCGCCUCGCCCAGGGUCAGCCACGAGCGCAGCCGAACGGGCCGGCUACGGCGGGCCGAGGUUAAGCUGGCGGCGCUGCGCGACGCGGAGCUCAACCCGCAGCGCAAGGCCAGGAGCGACGACCUGGCGAUACAGGAGCAAGGGCUCAACUUUAUACGAAACCUCAUCACGACUUCGAAUUCGGGUUCCAAUGGCGCGGGCGGCGCAGGCAGCGACUACCCGCAGGACACGGCUGAGAUGAUCGAUUACCUGUUCAGCGCCCUGGGGCAGGACCGCCUCUUCGAGAUCCUGGCGUCGAAGCUGCGACACAAGGUGCUGCACCCGUUUAAUAGGCGACUGUCACCGUCGUCUUUAACGCUAGAGCAAGGCCAGCAGACGCAGCACCAGCAGGCACCGUCGCGUGUGCUGUAUCCGCAGGCCAAGGUGAUUGAGGCGGUCAUCUGCAUCCUGGUGCACAUCGCGGCCAGUGUGCCGCGGCACCGGCAGCUGGUGAUCGCGCAAACGGACCUGCUGCGGCUGCUGGGACGGCAGUUUGCCAGCCGCGACAAGGAGGUGCGCGUCUCGCUCUGCCACCUCAUCAGCAAUCUGACAUGGCGUGAUGACGGGGCCGACACGCAGGCGUCGGAGCGGCGGGCCGAGGAGCUCAGGCGGCUCGGUCUCAUGGGCCGGCUCGAGUCGCUGCAGCAGGACGAUGCCGAUCUUGACGUGCGUGAGCGCGCAAAGGGGGCUGUCUGGCAGAUGAAACAGGGCGGCGCAGCUGGCGCCAUCGGCCACUAGGGGGGCUCCACCAGUGCGCCGUUGCCGCCACCUAUCCUGCGACCGCCCUGGUACGAGGGCGAAGACGGGGUCCACGAGCUCGAGGGCGAGGACGCCACCAUGGCCGGCCUCUCACGGGCUAGCUACAUGGCGGCUACGCCAAUUAUGCUGCCGCCGUUGGUGCGCCCCCAUCCCCGCCCCUCGCCCGCGUCGUUGUAUGCAGGCCGCAUGGUUUUGGAGGCCGAUGGCGGGCUGUACGUGCCACCCUUACAGUCGGAACCACUUACACUCCCCCCUCUCCGUAUUAGAUACACGACAACUUCUGAGGGAGACGGCGACGGUGACCAAGAUAAGACUUCACGCUCCGGGUGGACUCAGGAAAACCAGUACCGAUGAGUGUCGCGAGUAUUGGACGAGUCACCCAGCUAUCCCCAGCCUGCGUUUGAUUGUCAGCGGCAUUGUAGGCACAUUUGGCGAAUAUUAUAGAAUUGCUGCGUCCAUGGCUGCAAGGGCUUUUUUGGUCAUGAGGUGUCCCGAUGAUGGCAAGAGUGUUCCCACGGACACUUGUUUGCUGUUAUGAGAUAGCGGUAUCUUGUUCCCCUUGUUUAACUAUAGUUCUAUCCCUUCACUGGUUGAUUAUUCUAGAUUCUCCCAAGGCCGGACCCCUUGUACAUCCUCCUUGUUGCCACUCUCUUCUUCCGCCUCGCAGCUUUGAUGUUUGGCAUCCCUGAACGUAGUUUAUCUCGGCCCAUUGUUUGCUUCUUGUUUAUUCCCGUGUAUUAUUUUGUAAUUCUCAUGCUCUUGGUGCUUUCGAGAAGCGUGGAGACAAGACCAGAUGACUACUGGCGAGCGAGAGCAGGACAGUCUUGGCCGGGCGGGUGUGAGCACAUAUCAAUACAGGGCCAGUAUUUCCGCACCACCUUGGCCCUUCAAACGCAGUCUCUCCUGAACAUGUCUCGCAUCCCCCGCUCGCCCGUAUUGAGGGUUUAACUGGUUUGACUGCCCGACGUUCGGGUUUGUAGCACAAAUAUCCUGCAUGCCGGCCCUUCCGCUGCCUACCUAGGUGCCCAAUUACACGGUCGUUGCUGGGCGCCGUUGUCUUUGAGCUCGCUCCGUCACUAAGCAAUGGCGAGACGGACUGAAAAAAGAAAUCACU